GCCGAAGGGAAUCCGCGCCAAGGAGCGGAGACCAGUUGAGCGCGAGUUCUCGAGCCGAACGGUUGUACGGAACGGCGCAGCGUGUUUACACGACGUCGACGUAGACUCGAACGAACUUCAUUCGGUUUUCUUAACGUAAUUGUCAGUGUUAGUUCAGCCUCUGCAUUUGUUUAAUAUCCGUCAAGAAUAAUUCGCCGAACCUAUCGUGAACUGUUGUUAUUAUAAAAUGGCCGUUAAGAGCCUGCAGUUACGUUGGUGAUUCUCUCCUGCAGACUCGAGUGUUCAAUUAUUUUAUCAAGUUCUGGGAUUUUAUCCGUGAACGCUGAGGAGACUCGACGACUCGUGCGGUGAUGCAUCCUCGUUCAGCGGAAAGUUUCGCAAGUUCGGGAAUACCUGUCUCGCUGUAGGUCGUUACCUGUGCUUAUGUAGAUACCCUGGUUGGGCCGAACGAAAGUAAACUUUGAUCGAUAGAGGCACUGCCAGUGAUCGAUAGUGGUCGCAUGACCUGAAAGUGAAUUUUUUUAAGGUGAUUUAUGUAUAUUUGAAAAAAAAAAAAGAGUCAAAUAGUGCGACUUCUCCGAAGAUAGAUGACCUUGCCCGAUAACGUUAUACCCGUCGACGGGGAGGUGAGAGUGAUCGCGGAAAGCAGAGGCCAGGGCACGCGGCUCGUACCCACGGGGGUACGGUAGAUCGUUGACGAGGACCAGCAUCAAGAUAAGGCCUCUGGAGCUGAUACGGCAAGAUGAGCAGGACGAGAGGCUCGCGCCGUUAGCGGUAGCCGAAGUCGCCGUCCACAGGAAUUCCCGGGACCGGCCUCCUGGGCCCAGAGAGGCCCUGCCGGACGUUCUGAUCGGCGGGGACCAACCAGCCUCUGGUGGACUGGAGAAAAUCAAGAGGACUCGCGUCGCCGAUAGACUCGGGGUACCUCUGCGGGUUCUACCCGGCUCUCCGGAUACUUCGGAAGCAACCUCAAGCCCCGUUCGCAGCGCGCGACGCAAGAGCCGCAGGAGCAAGAAGAACUUGGGUGACCUGCCGAUCCGAAGAAUUUCCAGCAGCCAAUCAUCUUCGAGGAACAAUUCGUCACGUGGCGGUAUAAGUGCUACCAGUUCUCGAGGAUCGGCAUCGGCUGUCGAAUGCGAGUCGCGCCGAUCGCCCCGACCUGCCGAGGAAUUAAAUCGGUCGAUCGUAUCACCGGAAGCGCACCGAAAUCAGCAACCUCAUCAGAGAGCCCUUGGUGUAUCCCUAACCUUAAUUCAGCACGUGGGAACCGCUGAGACCAGGAUAGUCGAUAUAUACGGACCGCGUCCUCCUGGAGACAUCAGGACGAAACGACAAGGUGAUUUCGCCAAGAUCCUCGAAGGAUCUAACGAGACUGUAAAGGAUAUCAAUAGGAAGAUCCUGGCGAUGGCUCGCGCCAUGACGCCCACCUGGUCGCUAAGGCUCCUUGGAGUUAGCUGUGGAUCAGUUGUUUGCGCCUGGGGACUCCUGCUAAUAUUUUCUGUGCUCGGUGGCGCAUCGCACGAAACGGCCAUUGGAAGUUUCGGAUUGGACGGUCUGGCAGGCGGAAUCGACGGUCUUAACGGAGCCCGAUGUCCAUGGGCCUGCACGUGCGACGGCCAGGAGCUCGAUUGUUCUCACAGAGGACUCACUCAAGUACCGGGGGACCUGGCUGCUCUUCUGCUUGCCGAAAAACUAGAUCUCCAAGGGAACAACAUCUCCGUAAUCUUCAAUACGGACUUUGAGGACAUGGCGACUCUUCAUGUUCUACAAUUGUCAAACAAUCAGAUCCAUACAAUUGAGAAGGGAGCGUUCAAGGAUUUGGUGGGCGUUGAAAAAUUGCGACUCAACAACAAUCAGAUACGCCACUUGCCAGAUUUACUGUUCAGCAACAUGAUGAAUCUCAAGAGACUAGAUUUGAGUUACAAUCAAAUAACUAUGAUUGGACCCAAAACCCUUAGAGGGGUGUCAUCCCUUAAGCAUUUAUUAUUGGAUAACAACGUUUUGACCUGCAUCGACGAGGCGUCGAUACGCGAACUCAAAGAUUUGGAAGUUUUAACGCUGAACAACAACAAACUGACGAGUCUCGGCAAGGAAAUGCUGUCAGGACUGUCGCGUCUGCGGACGUUGAAGCUUGCUGAAAAUUCAUUGACGUGCGAUUGCCAUCUCGCCUGGCUCUCUAGACUGUUAAGGUCUUUCUCGCGUCUCGGCCAGAAUACACGAUGUUCCCUGCCGCCCUAUCUCAAGAAUCAAAAAUUGUCGGAUUUGCAGGAGCACGAGUUCAAAUGUUCAGGACCUGUUGAACGAACAGGUUCGGAAUGCAGUGCCGAACCACUGUGUCCGCAUCCGUGCAGAUGCGAAGAGGAUAUCGUCGACUGCAGGGAAAAGUCUUUAACGAAAAUUCCCACUCAUCUGCCGGAAGACACUACGGAACUUCGACUAGAGCAGAAUAACAUCACGGAGAUACCACCCAAGGCCUUUUCACCCUACAGAAAGUUACGGAGACUAGACCUGAGUAACAAUAAAAUUCAGAAAGUAGCCUCAGACGCCUUUCACGGCCUCAAAUCCCUGGAAUCAAUUGUACUUUACGGAAACAACAUAACCGAGCUGCCCGGCGGCGUCUUUCACGGUCUGACCAGCCUGCAGCUACUGCUACUCAACGCUAACGAGAUAUCCUGCAUCAGGACGGAUCUCUUUCGCGAUCUGACCAGCCUGACGUUGCUGUCUCUCUACGACAAUAACAUCCAGUCCUUGGCCAACGGAACUUUCGCCAACCUACGCAGCAUACGUACACUACACCUGGCAAAGAACCCAUUCAUUUGCGACUGCAAUUUACGCUGGCUGGGCGCCUACCUUCAUGCUCAUCCGAUUGAGACCUCGGGAGCGAGGUGCGCCGCACCUAAACGAAGCGUCAAGAGAAAAAUCGACAUGAUGAAGGACGACAAGUUCAAAUGUAAGGGUGACGAGGAGUUACUGACCAAAAGAGCCGGCGAGUGCGUACUGCCUGGUGCGUGUCCAGCAUCCUGUACCUGCGACAAGGCCACCGUCGACUGCUCCAACAAGAAACUCACGUCGAUACCAAAGGACAUACCGAUCUAUACUUCCACCUUGUUGUUGGGAAAUAACGAGCUGGAUAAGAUCAGAGCGGACGGACUUUUCGAGAAGCUGCCAGAGCUGCGGCAUCUGGACCUCAGGAGGAACAAGAUCUCACGGAUCGAAGCAUCUGCCUUUCAGGGAGCCCACAAACUCACUGACUUGCUCCUCUCGGAAAAUAAGCUGAGGGAAGUGCACAACAAGAUGUUCACGGGUUUGGCGAAUUUAAAGACGCUGAACCUUCAUGGCAAUGCCAUUACUUGCGUAAUGCCAGGAGCAUUCGAUGGUCUCGGCCAUAUACAUACCAUUAAUAUGCAGGGAAAUCCACUCUCCUGUAAUUGCCAUCUGGCUUGGUUUGCCGAGUGGUUGAGGAAACGCGAUUUGCCUGGUAUUACCGGUCGCUGUCACGACCCUCCUCGAUUAAAGGAUGCCAAUAUCAAGGAUAUUCCCCAUCACGAGUUCAAAUGCAACAGCGACAGCGUCGGCUGCUUAGGCGACGACUACUGCCCGCCGCAGUGCAAUUGCGCCGGCUCCGUCGUCAGAUGUUCCCGAUCCCACCUAACUGAAAUUCCACGUGGAAUACCGCCGGAAACCACGGAACUUUAUUUGGACUACAAUGACAUAAAGACCAUUCAACCGGAGCGUUUGAGUCAUCUUAAAAUUUUGACAAGGCUAGACUUGAGUAACAAUCAAAUUGGAAUGCUGUCAAACGACACCUUUCGAAAUCUCACGAGAUUGUCUCAUCUGAUCAUCAAUUACAACAAGCUACAGUGCGUACAGAGGAAUGCGUUGGCUGGCCUGAAAUCUCUACGAAUUAUAUCCCUGCAUGGCAACGACAUAUCGUUGAUCCCGGAAGGUGCCUUCGAGGAUCUGAAGUCCAUCACGAAUCUAGCACUUGGAUCCAACCCGCUAUAUUGCGACUGCAACAUGCGCUGGUUGGCCGAAUUGGUAAAGGAGGAUUUUAUAGAGGCUGGUAUAGCAAAGUGCAUAGAGCCGCCGUCGAUGAAGGAUAAAAUAUUAUUAACGACACAGGCGAGCGCCUUUCAGUGCAGAACCAAACAGCAGCCAGCCGAGGUCCUGGCAAAGUGCGACGUGUGCUACACCGUCCCCUGUCAAAACGGUGGAAUAUGCGAGACGUUACCCGAGCGACAAUUUCGUUGCAAGUGCGCGCCAGGAUAUCACGGAGACAGGUGCCAAAAUAAAAUUGACGCGUGUUUUGGAAAUCCUUGCUGGAACGCCGGAACUUGCAAAGUACUGGAGGAAGGAAGAUUUGGUUGCCUCUGCGCCCCCGGCUACGAGGGCUCCAGAUGCGAGAACAACGUGGACGACUGCGCGGAGAAUAAAUGCGCCAACAACGCCACCUGCGUCGACCUCGUCGAGGCCUAUCGGUGCGAAUGCGCCCCGGGAUUCAUGGGAGAAUAUUGCGGGGCGAAAAUACCCUUUUGCACAAAAGGGCACGACCCCUGUGAGAACGGCGGACGUUGCGUCGACCACCAGACCCACUACAGCUGCGAGUGCCCACUCGGCUUCGCAGGUCGCAACUGUUCCACCAACCUGGAUGACUGCGUUGAUCAUUUGUGCCAGAACGGUGCUACUUGCAUCGACGGCAUAAAUGACUACGAGUGUAAAUGCGCGGCGGAGUUCACGGGAAGGUAUUGCGAAGGGGCACCAUCCACAGCUAUGCUAUAUCCUCAGACUAGUCCGUGCGCCCACCACGACUGUCAACAUGGCGCCUGCUUCCAACCAUCCCCUGCCUCUGCUGCUGAUUAUCUUUGCCAGUGCCACCCCGGCUAUACCGGAAAACGAUGCGAGUACCUGACGAGUCUGAGCUUCGUGGACAACAGCUCGCUGGUCGAGUUGGAGCCGCUUCGCACUAGGCCCGAGGCCAACGUGACUAUAGUAUUCGCGACCAGCCAGGAGAACGGGAUUCUUCUGUACGAUGGGAACGAUGGAGAACAUAUUGCCGUCGAGCUUUACAAUGGACGGGUCAGGGUGUCUUAUGACGUUGGUAACUACCCCACUUCGACGAUGUACAGCUACGAGAUGGUCUCUGAUGGUAAACCCCACAUGGCUGAGUUACUCGCGAUUAAGAAGAACUUUACCAUGAGGGUGGACCGGGGUCAUGCCAGAAGCAUCAUCAAUGAAGGACCCAGGGAGUAUCUCAAGCUCACCACACAGAUGUACGUCGGUGGAGUGCCACCUGAUGUGGCUAGCGUGGCUUUUACGCAAUUUCAUCUUCGUAAUGUCACCAGCUUCCAAGGAUGUAUAUCUGGAAUGUGGAUCAAUCACAAGCUCGUCGACUUCAACAAUGCCGCCAGGAGACAUCGUGUCUCACCAGGAUGUACUCUUGGCGAGGAGGAAGCUGACGAAGCCGGAAGGGACGUCGUCGAAGCUGAAGGCGCUAGUAAUGCCGGUAGCAGCGAGGAAUCCAUGCCACAGGAGCACGUUGCCCAUGAACAUUCUGACGUGGCUAUUUCCGUACUAGGACUCGGAAGUGUGUCUGAUCCAUGUCAGGAUCAUGAUUGUAGGAAAGGAUCGCAGUGCGUACCAUCCCCAUACGGAAAUGGCUACUCGUGUCGGUGUCAAACCGGCUGGCAGGGUCAAUUUUGUGAAAAAGCGCCGUCCUGUCGCAAGGAACACACUCGCGAGUUCUAUACCGAAAACGGAUGCCGCAGUCGACGUCCAGUAAAACUGGCGAAAUGUUGGGGUAGUUGUGCCAAUUCCUGUUGUCUACCGCGUAAGACCAAACGACGCAAGGUCCGUCUAAUGUGCAACGACGGCACGCGAUACACGAAGGACGUGGACCUGGUGCGCAAGUGCACGUGCACACGCAAGUGCUACUAGGAAGCAACGCACAUCUCACGCGCUAUAACCUCAAAGACAGAAUACGUUGAAAAGUAAUCCAGAAACCUUAUGCAACGUUAUGCCGAAUUUCAAAAGGGACGAUUCAACGUUCUAGAGAUUAAAGAGCGUCGUCUCGACGUAUUAGUGGUGCCCCGAGAAUGGCGCGUGCGUACAGCGCCACGACGAGUGAGUGACGAAGUGCGUGGCUAAACUAGAUGGACACACACAGCUGGCUCAGUGUGAUAUGUAUUAUUAAAAUAUUAUACAUAAGCGUAAAAACUAUCUCGAUAUUGGCUAGCUAUACAUAGUGGAUAUUCGUCUAUGAUCAAUCUACCUGUAACGAUGGACUUAAAGGAAGUCAUCUGCGAACCGAAACUACGUAUAGAUAUAUUACACGAGCAUCUACGCGCAGCAGACAUGUAACUCAGCCUCGUAUGCCUAGAGCCGUAUCUCGCGGCAGCUGGAAGUCAGGAAUUUUUUUUUUCUUUUAUUUGUCCAAUCAAAAAGAUUAUUCAAUCACACGUGAAUUUAUGUAAAGCAUGAAGAAACGUCUUCUAUAUACUUGCAAUUUCCAUCAGGGACGUUAUUUCAUGCUGGCGACUUUUGAUCGAGCGUAUUUCAUAAGUGAGCUAUCGUUGUUUUUUCUUCUCUCACGUCGUAUCCGAUCUUGGAUUCUCAAUGAAAAUUCUCACGUCUUGGAUUUCGUGAAUUUCUCUCAAUUGCGCUGCAGUGCUGUCCGCCACUAUAGCAAUCAAAUAGCAAUAUUCAAAUAGCAAAAUAAUUUUGUUACCACGUAGAACAAAGCAACCUACAGAUGUAUAUUACGUGGACAGGGACGCGAGACCUCUGUGUACAUUUAAUCCAAUGAUCCAAACUAGAAAUUAAAUGCAAUUUAACCGUAUUUCGCAUUGAUAAUUACCUCGCGUCUGGUAACAGUGAAAUUUAAUUGAAUUUGCAAAUACACCGUUCGCGAAUAAAUUUUAUGCAUCGAAUAAAUCUUUCCAAUUGAUUCGUAAUCGAAACGAAUUGUCAUUCGACGAAAAUCUCUCCGUGUGCAUUGUAAACAAGGCAGCAGUGGGAAUGCAGCAUAAUUUUUGAAAAUUCACGAAGAGCCAGAGUAUCCAAAGAAAUUGCGGAGCGACGCUUCUCAACAUGAUGAUCGCCACAUCGAAUUCGAACUGAUCCCAUAAACUCGACUAACGAGCCACGAGACGAAUAACUUGUCAAUUUCCAUGAGGCGUCAAAUUCAAAAAUCACGUUCGCGAUCGUACUAAAGAGAAACGAACAGGCAGUGCUUCGUAACCCCGCAGCAGCUGAUAAAAGAUAAUGUAGAUAAAAAAUAAUUAAUCUAAAAUCUUCAUAUUUACUUUACACGAUGCGAUCAUUCUCGCGUUUUUGAGAGAUAGUUUUUCAAAUUUGAAGAUAAAGCGAAUCCUUGCCGAAUUUCAAGUUACGUUAUCCUUCUCGCAGGCAUCGUUUAACCGAUAUGGACUACUUUGCAGACCUGGUGAAAACUGCGUGCGGAAAGUGAAAUUAAUCGGUGUAAUAAUUUAUUUAUAGACUAGACAUAAGUCGCUUGCAAUCUCGUGGCUUGCCAUGGAAUAUACGUGGAACUCGUUAAUCGAUCGUCGCUCCGAUAACGUUCGUUGAAAAUUCGAUUUCAAACGACGCCCGCGAACGUAUACGAGCCCGUAUAACUAGUACCUACUAGGAAACCUAAUUAUCCACUGCAAAUAUUUAACGUUUAUUUAUUUAAAAUCAAGAUGUUUAUGGCCCACGAGCGACUUCUAUACUAAUUCUACGUUUAUUCUUCGAACUGCAUACUGCUAUAUUGUUUACGGCUAAUUUUUUUAUAUGCCUGUACCUUUCUCCAUGCAUUUAUUAUUGUGCCAGUUUUUUAACUCGUUCUGUCCCUCCUACUGUCAGAGUUAAACCGACCCAAAACCCAUCGCUUGAAUAUCCGAGGCAUUAAAUGGCUCGAAUGUGCUCUCCAUUCCGAAUCCACUCCAAAAACAAAAACUGAUAUCGCGAAAUCCCUGAAUGGCAGAUAAUAGACGUAAAUAGAUAUAACACAAAAGAGCGUAGGAGAAUAAUGAACCUACGGAAGGCAGGUACUCACAAGUACCGCUGCAUUUAACAUCCACAAAACAAAAAUUCCCAUCGUCCUAAUGAAAGAGACGAAGGGGGAACAAAAAAAUCUGCUCCACUAUUUCUCUACCCCACCUCGUCGACUAAAUUAAUAAUAGGUGUACAAUAAUAACGUCACGCAUAAGUUAUAUAAUAAUAUAAUUUCAUAGUAUUAGUAGUUACAUAAGUUUGGCCCACCCGUUCUUUUUACAACUUUGUAAGCCGUCAUUAGUACCUAAGUUGAGUAUAUGGGAAAUUAUCGUGAACAAGAGAAAAGAAAAAGGAAAUGGACAAAAUCGAAGAACAGAACAAGCGUAUCCUGCUAUUCAACUACGUUAAACCUUAAGCUUAAUAGAAAAAUUGAUACACUAUUCAGUAACACGUGACACUCGCCAAACAAAUAUAUAUAUAUAUAUACAAAACCAAAUGCCGAUAAUACAGAUUAGUGAAUGGUAGCCAAUCUAAAGUUUCUGUCCAUACGAUAAAAAUUUCUUCUUUACCGACAGACAGAUGGCAACGAAACAAGAAGAAACAGAUGCAAACAAAUGAAAAAUAUAAAAAGCAAAAGAGUAUCGUACGCGAUGCGAAACUCCAGUUCUGCAAAAAAAAACGUACGUUCCAAGUGUUAUCUCUUAUCUGUAUAACCGAAUUAACGUUUGAGACGAGAUGAAUCAUCUUUUGGUAAUGGUACAGCCUUGGUGGGUACAGUGCAUGGCGUCUUUGUGGACAAUAAUUAAGGAGAAGCGAGAGUACGUAAUGCCGAGAAGAGUGUCGUGUACCACUUGAACUCAAUAAAUUGUCAAUAACAAUUUUUGAAAAAAAUGCAACAUACUCCACGUGUAUAAAAUUAUUCGGCGAGACCUUGAUUGAUCGUGGGAUGAAUUGAAAAAAAUUAUUAAAAAAAUUAAAUGAAACUUGAUAGUGACAGAGGAUAUAAACUGUUCACUGAUAAUGGUGUCUGUAUGUAUUAAAGUGCUCGAAUGAAUUUUUCUUUUCGAUUGUGUAUAAUAAAAUUUUUCGUGCAUCGACACUCUUUUCUAAUGUACACGCAGGCCAGUACCUUUACAAAUUCCAAAACUACCAUCGGUAAUAUGGCGAAUGUUAUUCAAUUUUCAAAGGUACUGAACGCUGCACAUUAAGGUUCAGCUAAUCGAUAAGUUCAGGACGAGCGUAUAAUUGCAGGUAUGAAAGUUUGAGAGCGCGAGCGAGAGUGACAGAUAAUAGGAGUGCGUGCGUCCUUGUGCGUUUAGAUGGAAUAAAAAGGGAGUGAAAAAAAAAUAGAGAGAGAACAAGAAUGUGUGUGUAAGCGAAUAAGGUUUGAGAAUAAAUGUGUUUAGCACGGCGCACUUUUUACCAAAUAAACAAUGGAAUACUGCAUGCCUAGGAAUACUAUUAGCUAUACAUAUAUAUAUAAAUUAUUAUAUGAAAAUCUAUAUAUAUAUAUGUAGGCAUUAAAUUAGGAAUUAGCGUGGAAAACAAAAUGUCUAUGUUUAUAUAAUGUAAUAAAUCCUCGAAAUAUGAAUGCUAUUAAAUAAAUGUAUGAAAAGUU